AUGACGGAUCGAUUAAUUCACAAUCGUGUGUUUAAAGUGUCAAAAGAGCUAAAUCAAGUGGACGUGCUGUGUGAACAGCACCGACGCCACAUCAGUAAUCGACAAGGUCUUCCAAACUGGAAUAUGCCUAUGACUCCAGCUGGAAAGACGAGUUGUCAUCACGAGCGCACGCCAGCUUUCUUUGCGUGGAAUGAAGAGCCGGAGGAGAGAUCCCGCCCAACGUGGCAAACAGAUACACCGCAGAAAGUAGCAAGGACAUUGCACUUAACUCCAGUAAAAGACCGACAACCUGUUGCUGAGAAUUCACCUGACCUUUUCAGGGAAGAAAAUGCCGCAUUGAAGCGUAGAAUUGACAAUCUGGAUGAAGAGUCAGCUAUUGAGGCCAACAGCGACUCCUGUCUGGUAGAAAAAGAGGAUUUAUCGCCGACAGAGCGAUUAGUUACUAAAAAUCCCGUUCGGGAGGAUAUUGUUGACCGCACUUCCUAUGCAGCUUCCGCUUCAAGUAUCGAGAUUGCUCCUACUUCGCGAUAUCAACAACUUCAUCAAGUUGCAAGUGCGACAGCCACUCCUAAAUCUCAAUUUCGUGAUAUUGCUGCUGGACUAUCAACUGAGAAAGCGGAUCGCUAUCGCAUGAGCAGAUCAAGUGGUAAAAGGUUUCGCUCUCCAGUCCGAACAUCAUUGUGGGAACACUGCAACGAUAAAUAUAUUCAUCAAGAUAUUGGUGGCUAUAAAGACGCCACUAAUUUAUCCCACAAACGCAUCACCCCCUCAACGGCUGCACGAACAUUUGACAGUUCAGCAGUCUCUCAAGCUCUAAAUAUGACGCCAAUCAGAUCUCAGAUGACUGGUCAAGAUCGCCGACCAAUACGUACAGGAUCUGAGCCAUCAGAUUUUUCUACUAGUGCAUCUCGAGAGUUUGUACACGACGAUGAAUGGAAACAGUCGGAGCUACCGCAACUCGAUACGAUAAAUAGCACAAAAAACACGUCACUAUUAGCAAACAAAGAAUACGGGCAUCGCGCGGGUAAACGAGUUUCAUUUAAUGGAGAGACUGCACGUCCGCAGCCUCAAAUGCUUCCUGUACUGGCCGAUAAGACGACGCAGACGGACGAGUCGCUUUGGCCACCUCGUACAGACACCACAUUAUUGUCUUCUGACAUACGAAUACCAGAUACUGAUGCUUCUGUUCGUUGCUCUGCGUGUAAAAAGGAUUUCAAUCAUCUUGAACGUCCUCAAAAAGUGCCACGACAUUCUAUUGCAGCUCAGCAGCCAAAUUUUCGCCGUUCUAGUAGCCACUUGACGAAUCCAAUCUUGAUGAAUCCACGUUACCCACCAGAGCCAAAAACAUUUCAAAAGCGCUCGACGUCUUCUUCAUUAUUUAACGACCGAUUAGCUUGGCGAUAG